CACAAACACAGUAGGCGAUUCCGGGGGCAGUUCUGCUUCCAGUUUGCGGCUCAAAAUGACCGCGAUCGACAAAAUACAGGCUCUCGAUCUGAUCGAAAGAGAACUUAUUCUGUGUCUCCAAAGCGCCGGUGCGGCACUGUUGGAGCUGAGCAAAGAGAAAACGAGCCAGAAGGCAACGGAAACGAACGUGAACCAAUUCCUGAAAUCGCUGAACAACGUCGAGUCGAAGCUGUCCGAGCAGAUCAACUACCUGACGCAAGUGUCCACCGGGCAGCCGCACGAGGGUUCCGGGUACGCGUCGGCCAAAGUGUUGCAGAUGGCGUGGCACCGCAUACAGCACGUCAAGUCGCGCAUUAAGGACCUGGAAGAGUGCAAACUCCGGUACAUACAGAACAACCGUAUGCCAGGGAACCGGGUUGGCCAAAACACUGCAUCCACCACCGCCGGAGUAAUGCUCUAAUAUGCUCUGGUUUCUUUGCAUCAAAUAAAAG